AAAAUAUGUAGAAAUCCAGUUCAAGCCACUUCAUACCAUCGUAUCAUAUUCUAUCCAGUUCGUGAUAAAAAUAUCAACGCCUGAGCACAAUCCAAAGACUUAAGCUUGACACAGUUCAGAGUCACGACCACUUCCAAUUCAAUCAUCGAUAUGCUAGCGACGACGACAGCAGCGACUUCAACCACAACAGCACCAUUAUCGACGUUAUCAACGAGCCUAACAUUGGGUCCGGAAACAAGAUCUUCACCCAUGUUAUCCAUUGAGUCAAUCGACUCUCCUGGCGCGGCCAUGCAACCGUUCACACCUGGGGAGUGCCUAUUCUGCCCCAAUCACUCACCAAGCUUCCCUGAAAGUGUGGCACACAUGCAAAAGUCACACGGCCUGUUUGUACCGCACCGGCAACAUCUAGUAGUCGAGCUCGAGAUUCUCUUCAAAUACCUGCAUCUCAUUAUUUUUGGAUACCAAGAAUGUAUACAAUGUGGAACAGAGAGAGCUACUGUACAAGCUGUCCAGCAGCAUAUGACCGCCAAGGGUCACUGUAAACUUGAUAUAUCAGAACAAGACUCGGAGUUUGCUGAGUUUUACGACUUCUCCGAGCCGGAAGACGAUGCAGAGAGUUAUAUUGAGGGCGAUGGUGACGAGAGCAAUCAGGAGGCGACGACGACAACCUCAAGCCGAAAGCCAGUGCUAGCUGACCAAGACUCCAUUCGUUUACCAUCCGGUAAAAUUAUAUCGAGGCAGUCAUCCUCACAAACAGGGCCGUCUUUCACUCAGUUGCGCCGUCGGACUCGGACCAUGCCUUCACAACUAAAAUCCUCCUUGGAAGAACCUGACGAUGAGGAGGGAUCUAGCAAAGAGGAGCUCGACUCGGAUACACAUGAUAAAAGAUUAUUAUCGAGGAGGGAGAAACGAGAGAUGGCAACGGCGGCAUAUCAACUGGCAAAUAUGAGCGCGAAGGACCGGAACAGCUUGAUGCACUUAUCUGCGUCUCAGCAGCGAUCAAUACUAGUGACGCAACACAGGCACGCGGAAAAAGUGCAAAAAGAAGAGAGACGAAGGCAGAGCAAAGUUGAUCGAAAGGGGAACAAGAAUUUGUAUGCUUAUUGGGCAACUGAAACGCCCGUCUACCAAUGUGGCUAGAUACACUGAAUGGCUGAUGUCGAUUUACUCAACGAGUGACCGUGGGUUCUCACGGUGCCAAUAGAAUUACACGACUGGACACAAUUGCCAUGGUGAGCGUCUUCGGUAGGAAGAGCAGCCGCGGUAAUUUCGUAUCAUUUGGCGUGGGCCGGGAAUCUCAAUCCUGUGUGGCUAUCCGUAAAUCCUGCCUCCAUGUAGGGUUUCGGGUCUGAAUAAAUUAUCAUCUGCCGAUGGAUUGCUUGACUUGAUACAGAUCGCAAUUAUAACCUAAACCUCUUGUAUCAAGUCAUCAUGGUGAGUACCAGCAUGAUCUCGGGUAAUCUUUUAGGGCACUGGAAACUCGAUUUGACUGUUAGUUAUGAGAGAAUAGAUAUGCAACUUCUAUUGGGAACUGUUUCUUAAGUCUUUAGGCCGGACGCCUAAGAUUGGAUGAAGAUAAUUUAGUGAAUUACACAAUUAAC